AUGGCUUCUUUCUCUUCUUCUUCGUCCUCUUCCAGGCCUCCUAGAUCCGCCCAAGGCAUCCCCACCAUCAACCACCUCUACUCCAUCAACCGCCUCUCGCCGCCCCAGCCCUCAUCGCAAUACGCUCCCCCUCACAAGAUCACCCCCAAUAAAGAAAUCAACGACCGCGUCUGCCUCGUCCGCGCAGACAUCACCACCCUCCCUGUAGACGCCAUCGUCAACGCCGCAAACACCUCCCUCCGCGGCGGCGGCGGUGUUGACGGCGCCAUCCACGCCGCCGCCGGCUCGAAGCUCGUGCGCGAGUGCAUCACCAAGUAUCCAGACGGCUGCGACACCGGCCAGGCCGUCAUCACCGGCGGAUACAACCUCCCCGCCAAACACGUCAUCCACACCGUGGGCCCCAUCUUCCGCAGCUCGAGGGUGAGCCAACCGCUCCUGCAGAGCUGCUACCUGCAGAGCCUCAAGGUCGCCGAGGAGAAUGGCUGCUCUAGCAUUGCCUUCAGUGCCGUUAGCACUGGCAUUUACGGGUAUCCGAGCAACAUGGCAUGUGCUGUCGCCUGUGAUGCAGUGAGAACGUAUCUUGAGCAGGACACAACGAAUCAGAUUAAAAAAGUGGUGUUUGUGACAUUUCUAGACAAGGAUGUGAAUGCAUACAACAAUAUACUUCCGUAA